UACUCUUAAGCCGAUUCUCCCUGGCAAAGACUAGGUGAGGCCAAAAAGCAUCAUUAACAUUUAAUUUGCAUGUGUUUUACAUAGAAGUACAAUGAGGCCGGCGAGCUACACAUCUCUCCUAUUACAUCUUAUGAUGUAGACUGAAAAUUUGAGUAACAAAGCAGUUUGAAUGCUCCUAAACCUCGGUGUCAGGUGUGUUUAAAUCUCUGUGUGCACAAAGAAUAAAGCAUUCAACCUCAAGCUAUUCACACAGGAACUAUUGACUAUCCCAACACUUCGUUUCUGAGCGACAUAACUCCAAAUUGACGAUGGAUGAGCUGGAUGAAGAUCAGCUGAAGAAUCAUGUGGAAAGUCUGAAGCAACAGCUCAAGUAUAACCGAGUCAACACCUCCGUCUCUGUUCCAGAGUUAAUUAAAUGGAUGGAGGAGAAAAUGACCGAGGAUCCAUUUGUGAAUCCAGAUGCCCUGAAGGACAACCCAUGGGUGGAGUCAAGCAAAUGUGUAAUACUCUAGCAGAAGAGCUGUCGAUCAUCACUGUGGCAACAGGAGUGGCUGACUUUGAAUAUGAUUAAGAUGCAAAUGAACUCAACUGCUUUGUUUUGUUUACUCUCAUGACAAUAAGAAAAGAAAGCAGAUGUUUCUCAGUGAAAACAUGUAUUUAUAAAAGUGUAAGACAA